AAAAGUCGCGUUUUAUUGUCCCUCGUUGCUUCCCGUCCGAGCCGUCCGUAUUGGUCUGCUGCUUAGAAAUGGCUGAAGCUCCCACACGGCCCUGGCGUUUUUUUUGUCACAGGUGUUCGGCAGAGAUUAGUCCGCGUAUACCGGACUACACCUGUCCACGCUGUGACUCUGGGUUUAUUGAGGAACUGGCAGAGGAACCAAAUGCUGAAAACGGCCCUGUAUCCACGUCCUCCAACAGUGAUCAUAACCGCCAAGCCUUCGAGAGCGUGGAUCACCAACACAUGUUCACGUUGCCCUCUGGCUACGGGCCGUUCGCCCUGGGGAUUUUCGAUGUGAACCUUGACCUUCGGACGCGGCUACCCACGGAAGACAACCGCGACGCAGAGAACAGGAGGGAAAGGGAAAUGGCAUCGCGGCAGCGAUACAGCGCGCGGCAACCGCGGGGCCGACAUGUUCCUCGGCGACAGGGCACGCGCCACGAAGGAGUGCCCACGUUAGAAGGAAUUAUCCAGCAGCUAGUAAACGGAAUCGUAGCACCCACAGCAAUGCCAAAUAUCGGGAUAGGACCAUGGGGUAUGCUCCAUUCCAAUCCAAUGGACUACGCCUGGGGGGCCAAUGGUCUCGAUGCUAUCAUCACACAGUUAUUGAACCAGUUUGAAAACACGGGUCCGCCUCCUGCAGACAGAGAAAGGAUUAAGAAUUUACCCACGGUUACUAUUACAGAAGAACAUGUGGGUGCUGGAUUAGAGUGUCCUGUGUGCAAAGAAGACUACUGCGUUGAGGAGAAUGUCAGACAGCUGCCAUGCAACCACUUGUUCCACAAUGACUGUGUAGUACCAUGGCUGGAACAGCACGACACAUGUCCCGUGUGCAGGAAGAGCCUAAGCGGACAGAACACAGCCACUGACCCACCGGGGCUAUCGGGAAUGAACUUCUCUCCCUCGUCCAACUCGCCUAGCAAUGAGAAUGCUGCGAGGAACUCUUAGACGUUCACCGCCGCGUCACCUCACAUCUGAAAAACCUCCAAACAUACGAGGAGUGACGCCUCUCAGCCGAGACCAGGAGAGUAGUCUGUCUCUGUCAAGGGGACAAUGGGGAUCAUUCCUUUCUUCCUCCGCGCUGGUCGGAAAGCGGGUGCAGCUGCUCCUGCCGCCAUUGUUGCAGAGUACCAGGAGGUGGGACUGUUCAGUAUCAGAAGAGGAUCCAGAAAGGCUGCGAGGAAUAACGGAAUAAGAAAGAAAAAUAGUUAUCUUGACCAGAACGGACUGGUGAAGCGUUCGAGACCGAGUGCAGUGCUUUUUGAUGGAGGCAAGUGUUUGCGACAAGGCCGGGGAACAUUUUAUAUUUAAAUAUUUUUUUUUACAAAGCCUGUGGUUGUGCAGAGUCCAUAGAUGUGUAGAUUCAUAGUAUUUUGAAUGAUCAGCCACUGUACAGCUAGUGGAUCCAACUAAAACUGAGUGUAUUCAUCUGAUUCGUAUUUAUUUACAGCUUUUUUUUUUUUUUUUUUUCUAUUUUGGACAAAAUUCUGUCUGGUGAGAAUGUGAAUUUGGGUAAACUACUGAAAAAAGAAAAAACUUAAUAUCUUUUGCAUUGUAUGAAUCCUUUUAGGAUUUGAUUUUAUUGUUUUCUUUUAAAGAAUGAUCCAGUAAAUUGCAUCUUCAAAAGGAAAAUAUCUUCACAGCUCAACAAUGGACACAUUUUCAUUCCCUUAUUGAAAAUAAAGUAAAUAAAUUAUA